GGCCAGUGGCCCCCUCGCCCGCCUCCCCGCCGCGGGGCUGCCCACCUGGCGACGUGACGCUACACCAAUCCCCUUCGAGCUGCUCCCGGGCCCCCUCCUUGCACCGCCCCCCUCCCCACCCUGAAAGAGGCGCACCCUGCCGGGACAGACGCUGUGCUCUCGCCCUCGGAGCACCCUUCUCACUCCUUGGUCUCCGGGACGGACGCUCAGACUCUUCUCUCGCCUUAGCCAGACUCGUUUUCCCGCCUCUCAGACUCCGGCUUCCCUCCACUCCUCGCUCUUUUCCCUCCACUUUCCCCUCCUCUUUCUCCCACGCCGCAAACCCUGGUCCCCGUUGCUUUCCCCGGCCCUUCCCCUUCCCUUCUCCUCCUUCGACUUCUGUCCGCUUUCACCUCAGACUCCCCGAGCGUGCCUAACUCAGUCGCCCGCUCCGGUUCCGCUCGAAGCCAUGGCGGGACCUGGGGGUUGGAGGGACAAGGAGGUCACGGAUCUGGGCCACUUGCCGGAUCCCACUGGAAUAUUCUCACUGGAUAAAACCAUUGGCCUUGGUACUUAUGGCAGAAUCUAUUUGGGACUCCAUGAAAAGACUGGUGCACUUACAGCUGUUAAAGUGAUGAAUGCUCGUAAGACCCCUUUACCUGAAAUAGGGAGGCGAGUGAGAGUGAAUAAAUAUCAAAAGUCUGUCGGGUGGAGAUACAGUGAUGAAGAAGAAGAUCUCAGGACUGAACUCAACCUUUUGAAGAAGUACUCUUUCCACAAGAACAUUGUGUCCUUCUAUGGUGCAUUUUUCAAACUGAGUCCCCCUGGCCAGAGACAUCAACUUUGGAUGGUGAUGGAGUUAUGUGCAGCAGGCUCAGUCACUGAUGUAGUGAGAAUGACCAGAAAUCAGAGUUUGAAAGAAGAUUGGAUUGCUUAUAUCUGCCGAGAAAUCCUCCAGGGCUUAGCUCAUCUUCAUGCACACCGUGUAAUUCACCGGGACAUCAAAGGUCAGAAUGUGCUACUGACUCAUAAUGCUGAAGUAAAACUAGUGGAUUUUGGAGUGAGUGCCCAGGUGAGCAGAACUAAUGGGAGGAGAAAUAGCUUCAUUGGGACACCAUACUGGAUGGCACCUGAGGUGAUUGACUGUGACGAGGACCCCAGACGCUCCUAUGAUUACAGAAGUGAUGUGUGGUCCGUGGGAAUCACUGCUAUUGAAAUGGCUGAAGGGGCUCCUCCCCUGUGUAACCUUCAGCCUUUGGAAGCCCUAUUCGUUAUUUUGCGAGAAUCUGCUCCCAAAGUCAAAUCCAGCGGAUGGUCCCGCAAGUUCCAUAAUUUCAUGGAAAAGUGCAUGAUAAAAAAUUUCUUAUUUCGUCCUACUUCUGCAAACAUGCUUCAUCACCCAUUUGUUCGGAAUAUAAAAAAUGAAGGACAUGUUGUUGAGUCAUUAAAGAAGCACCUUACUGGAAUCAUUAAAAAGAGACAGAAAAAAGGAAUACCUCUGAUCUUUGAAAGAGAAGAAGCUAUUAAGGAGCAGUAUACCAUGAGAAGAUUCAGGGGACCUUCUUGUACUCACGAGCUUCUGAGAUUGCCUACCAGCAGUAGAUGCAGACCACUUAGAGUCCUGCAUGGAGAACCCUCUCAGCCAAGGUGGUUACCUGAUCGAGAAGAGCCACAGGUUCAGGCCCUUCAGCAUCUCCAGGGAGCAGCCAGGGUGUUCAUGCCACUACAGGCUCAUGACAGUGCACCUAGGCCUCUACAGGGGCAAGCCCAGGCACCUCAGCGACUACAGGGGGCAGCUCGGGUGUUCAUGCCACUACAGGCUCAGGUUAAGGCUAAGGCAUCUAGGCCACUACAGAUGCAGAUGAAGGCACCUCCACGACUACGGAGGACAGCCUGGAUGCUUAUGCCACUACAGACUCAGGUUAAGGCCCCUAGGCCUCUACAGGUAGAGGCCCAGGUACCCAAAGAGCAGCAGGAUCAGGCCCAGCCCCAGGCCUCAGGAGAGCCGCAGGAUCUGGACCAGGUACCAGAGGAAUUUCAAGGGCAAGAUCAGGUACCUGAACAACAGCAAAGGCAGGGCCAGGUCCCUGAACAACAGCAGAGACAGAACCAGGUACCUGAACAGCAGCUGGAGCAGAACAGGGCACCCGAGCAGCCAGAGGUACAGGAACAGGCUGCUGAGCCUACACAGGCAGAGACAGAGGCAGAGGAACCUGAGUCAUUACGAGUACAUGCCCAGGUAUUCCUGCCCCUACUGUCACAGAACCACCACGUGCUGUUGCCACUACAUUUGGAUACUCAGGUGCUCAUUCCAGUAGAGGGGCAAAAUGAAAGGUCACCUCAAGCACAGGCCUGGGCACUAGAGCCCACGCAGGCAGUUGGCUCUGUUCAAGCACUGAUAGAGGGACUAUCAAGAGACUUACUUCGAGCACCAAACUCACAUAACUCAAAGCCGCUUGGUCUACUGCAAACCCUGAUGGAAAACCUGUCAUCAGACGUGUUUUACUCUCAACCAGAACAAGCACGGAAGAAAAAAUCAAAAGUUUCUAGUCUAAGGCAGGCAUUGGCAAAAAGACUAUCACCAAAGAGGUUCCGGGCAAAGUUGUCACGCAGACCUGAAGAGUAUGAGCUAUCAGAUUUAGAAGCCCAUAGGCAAAGGCGCCAACGCAGAUGGGAGGAUAUCUUUAAUCAGCAUGAGGAAGAAUUGAGACAAGUUGCAAAUGAAAAGGAAGAUGAAUCAUCAGAUAAUGAUGAAGUAUUUCAUUCAAUUCAGGCUGAAGUCCAAAUAGAACCAUUGCAGCCAUACAUUCCAAAUCCUAAAGAAAAUGAGAUCCAAGAGAGAUCUAUUUCUAUUCCUUACAACCAGGAUCGUGUACAUCGUGUCAAGUUCUCUUCAAGUGUUCCUCAGCGGUCUCUUUUGGAACAAGCUCAGAAGCCCAUUGACAUCAGACAAAGAAGUUCGCAAAAUCCUCAAAAUUGCCCAGCAGCAUCAGAAUCUUCUUCUGAGGAAGAGAGCCCUGUGACCAGGAGGAGGUCCCAGUCAUCACCACCUUAUUCUACUAUUGAUCAGAGGUUGCUGGUUGACAUCCAUGUUCCAGAUGGAUUUAAAGUAGGAAAAAUAUCACCCCCCGUUUACUUGACAAAUGAAUGGGUAGGCUAUAAUGCACUCUCUGAAAUCUUCCGGAAUGAUUGGUUAACUCCUGCACCUGUCAUUCAGCCACCUGAAGAGGAUGGUGAUUAUGUUGAACUCUAUGAUGCUGGUGCUGAUACUGAUGGUGAUGAUGAUGAUUCUAAUGAUGCUUAUGAAGAUACUUAUGACCAUGACAAUGGCUGUGAUGAGUUGGAUAACCAGGUUGAUCAGGCUAAUGAUGCUGGUGAAGACCAAGACGAUGACGACAAUGAUGAGGUUGUUGAUGACAAAGGCAAUAAUCGUGAUGAUGCUCCUAGUUGGCCAAGGCCAAGCUGUGGCAGAGGUGGAAGCUACAAGCAAGAUGGUAAAGAUGGAAGUGAUGGAGGGGAAGGAACUUUCGGCAGCAAUGGAAGCCAGAGAGCUAGUAGAAGCCACGGAGGAAGUACAGCCAUUGGGGGCAGUGCAGCCAUUGGAGACCAUGAAGGACACAGAGCCAAUACAGACAGUGGAAGAAGACGCAAAGGGGGUAAUGGAAAUGAGGGAGUCAGUGGAACCAAUGAAGAGAGUGAAGCCCUUGAACUCAAUGGAGAAGAAAAUUGCUCAGAGAUAGAUGAUCCAGUAUUGGAUAGACCAGUAUCCCAGGAAUUUGAACAUAAACCAGAGGAGUCAGGUGGUAGAAGUGAAGCCUCAAAUGCCGUUGCCUCAGGCGCUGCACCUGCAGCACCUGGUGAUGAGAAUGACACUAUGGACAUAUCAGAAGUAUCAACAGAAUCAGGUUUUUCUGCCAGCCACUCAUCUCCUUCCAACGGUUCUGAAGGGGCCGCAAAUGCUGACUUUGCCAGUGCCAUCUUAUAUGCUGGAUUAGUGGAAGUACCUGAGAAAUCAUCUAAGCAACCCUCUGAAGUCAAUGUUAACCCACUCUAUGUCUCUCCUGAAUGUAAAAAACCACUAAUCCACAUGUAUGAAAAGGAAUUCACUUCUGAGAUCUGCUGUGGUUCUUUGUGGGGAGUGAAUUUGCUGUUGGGAACUCGAUCAAAUCUGUAUCUGAUGGACAGAAGCGGAAAGGCAGACAUUACUAAACUUAUAAAGCGAAGACCAUUCCGUCAAAUUCAAGUUGUAGAGCCACUCAAUUUGCUGAUUACCAUCUCCGGCCAUAAGAACAGACUUCGGGUGUAUCAUUUGACCUGGCUGAGAAACAAGAUUUUGAAUGAUGAUCCAGAAAGUAAAAGAAGACAAGAGGAAAUGCUCAAGACAGAGGAAGCCUGCAAAGCUAUUGAUAAGUUGACAGGCUGUGAACACUUCAGUGUCUUGCAACAUGAAGAAACAACAUAUAUUGCAAUUGCUUUGAAAUCAUCAAUUCACCUGUAUGCAUGGGCACCAAAGUCCUUUGAUGAAAGCACUGCCAUUAAAGUGUGCAUUGAUCAAUCAGCAGACUCCGAAGGAGACUACAUGUCCUAUGAAGCCUAUAUACGAAUACUGGCAAAAAUACAGGCAGCUGAUCCAGCAAACCGGUUUAAGAGACCAGAUGAGCUCCUUCAUUUGCUGAAGCUCAAGGUGUUUCCAACACUUGGUCAUAAGCCAGUGACAGUUGACCUGGCUAUUGGUUCUGAAAAAAGACUAAAGAUUUUCUUCAGCUCAGCAGAUGGAUAUCACAUCAUUGAUGCAGAAUCUGAGGUUAUGUCUGAUGUGACCCUGCCAAAUAACCCCCUGGAAAUCAUUAUACCACAGAAUAUCAUCAUUUUACCUGAUUCCUUGGGAAUUGGCAUGAUGCUCACCUUCAAUGCUGAAGCCCUUUCCAUGGAAGCAAAUGAACAACUCUUCAAGAAGAUCCUUGAAGUGUGGAAAGACAUACCAUCUUCAGUAGCUUAUGAGUGUUCACAGCGAGCCACAGGAUGGGGCCAAAAAGCCGUUGAAGUCCGCUCUUUGCAGUCAAGGGUUCUGGAAAGUGAACUGAAGCGCAGGUCAAUUAAGAAGCUGAGAUUUCUGUGUACCCGAGGUGACAAGCUGUUCUUUACCUCUAUCCUGCGCAAUCGCCACAGCCGGGUUUACUUCAUGACCCUUGGAAAACUUGAAGAGCUCCAAAGCAAUUAUGGUGUUUAAAAGGUUCCAAUGAUUUAUUAUAACAAUUACAAACAUCAUAAAUAUGCAAUUUGCAUUUUAAAUUUCUGAGAUUAAAUGAGCAUUCAGUUUUACUGGUAGGGAAAAUUAAAUCAGAUACUUUUAAUGUAGCACAGAAUAGUUUUAAUGAGAAAUGCAGCUUUAUAUAUAAAAUUAACUAUAGCAAGCUCUAUGUACUCCAAUGGUGUACAAUAUCUUUUGCACAAACCUUGUAACUUUUGUUACUGUGAAUUCAAACAUUAUUCUUUGGACAGUUUGGACAGUAUCUAUAUUCAGAUUUUACAACAUGGAGUUAAGAAACCUGUAAUAAGUUAGAUUCCAAACAGCUUUCAAAAGAGUUGGCCCUGAAUGAGGGAUUUUUUUGGAAAAAAAUAAAAAUAGCAACAAACCAUAUGCAAAUUUGCCAAGUCCUAUAAAGAACCAAAGGUUAGAUUAUGAAAUGAAAAUAAUAAGGACUAAGCAUAAACCAGACUAAGGCUGGACAACCUGCAUGCCUGGAGAAAACUACAGUGAUAAAGGGGAAAAGGCCACCCAUUUCCUCAUUGCUCCAUGACGGUUAAGCCCACAGAUAGAGAACAGUUGUGUUCUUUUCACCCCGUGUUAAGCUGGUUUUCUCCUGAUAAGAAGAAAGGAAGAAAGCCUCGGAUGCUUGAUUUUCCUCAGAAACUCCAAAGAUGUGCAAUAGCUGUUUUUAAAAACCACCGAAUAAUACACUUGCAAGCCUGAAUACAGGACUGAACUCCUAUAUACAUGUACUGUAGAAUAAGUUGUAUUUUUUAAUACUUUAAAGUAGGCGUCAAAUUCUAUCCCCCAAGACAGAUUGGUUGAUUUAUCAAAAUUCUUAUCUGGCCAACAGUGUGACCAUCAGACAGCAUUAAAUAUUUUCCUGAUUCCAGAUUAAACUAUAUAAAAAUUUCACUCCGGUUAUUAAACAAAAAUUACAAAAUGUAACAACAAAAAGUUUUGGCUGCUAAUACUUGUGUUUUUCAUGUUUCUAUUUCUGUAAUAUCAGAAAUUAAUCUAAAAGUGAUAAGUCCACAUGUAGGGACUUAAUGUAAUAGGUUAAAAAAAGAUUUUGAAAGAAAAUACAACUUUCAUCAAAUACCUAGGUCUACAAAUUUAUAGUCGUGAAAAAAUCAUUCUAGUCCAUCACCCCAAUAAGUUAUAGACGCCAUAGAUAGGUGGCGUUUGGUCACCUAUGGUAAUUGCUACCUGGUGAAAAGAUCAUUUCUGCAUAUCCAUCCUCAAUACCAUGGUUAGUUCUGGAGCAGUAGAGAAGCAACAGAACUACCACAAAGUAUACCUCAUUAUAAUUCCUCUAGUUCUGCUUCUAAAAUCUGAAGACAGUGCUAGUGGGAUAAUAAUUUUCAAACUACCUGGUUAACCAAAAUACAAAAGCAGACUAUGUGUGAUUUCAAGAUAGCACGUUAUUUCUUGGCACCUUGGCGCCAGGAAUGAUGAUUUGGAUUUUCCUAACAACUUAUAUCAAGAAUGUAGUAGCUCAAUAAUGAGAAUUUAGGAGAACCUGAAUCCAUGAAUUAAAGGUAAAUGUGAUUCACAUUUCUGUUACUGUGACACAAUAAUGUGAUCUUAAAACUGGCUUAUCCUUGAGUGUUUACAACUCGAAUGACUUUUUAAAUGCAGUAGUUUAAAGAGAAAAAAAAGUUUUAUGUCAAAUUAUUUCCUUAGAAGUAGUCUUCAUUAUUAUAAAUUUGUACACCAAAAAGGCCAUGGGGAACUUUGUGCAAGUACCUCAUCGCUGAGCAAAUGGAGCUUGCUAUGUUUGAAUUUCAGAAAAUUUUCUCAUUUAAGUAGCGUGUAGAAUCAAGUCUUUUAAGAAUUCAUUUUUUCUUCAUAUUUACUCAGUUAAGGUUCAAAAAUAAGUUUUAUCUUAAAAUCAUAUUUUUAACACAGUAAGACAGUAAACUAUUUUAGGAAGUCAACUCCCAUUGUGCUCUGUGGCUGUUAUUCUAAUAAACAUACACAAUAGUGAACUGCAUCUACAGAGGUGUCCCAAAGUAAACAAGCAAGAGACAUUGCAAAUGUGUAAUUGAGCGUUAAAUGAUAAGGUGCUAAUGAGGAAAGGAAGCUUGGCACAUAUUAAGAAAGGAGAUUGAGAUGUUGGAUAGUCAGCUUAGGAAGGACUGAAAAUAUUUAAAGUGGUUUGUAGGUAAUGAAUAUUUCCAAUUUAGAUGUUAAUCCAGCUGGAAUUUUUACAUCCUUUGCCAGCCGAAACAAGAAAGUGAAGGGACGAUUAAAUUUCACAGUCAGUGCACAGUGACAGAAAAAAUUAUAACUACACCUCACCUUGUAGCAGCAGUACCUGGAAGCCCUGGCCCACCACAGAAGCAUUGAGGGGGAUUUCUGAAAAGCCAGAUUCCUGAGUCCUGUGAGUUGAAGCAUGAAAGUGCUGGCAAGUUGUGAGUAGCAUUGGGACAGAGUACAGUGUUAUUUUAGUGUACUUUAGUUCUUUCACCAAAGCCCUUGUCCAAAAUAGAAGGAAUUAUUGAAAAUGUUCAAAAGCUAGAAAAUGAUGUAUGCAAAGGGCUGACAAGAAAAGUUCAGUGUGAUUAGGUCUCUUGAAGUAAGGUAAGAGCCUCAGAGGAAACAGUAAGAAAGGAUAAUCAUUAAGAUAGUAAAAUAGGCAAAGCAGAAAUCACACAUGUGUACAUAGAAGCACACACACGCAAACCAUUGGAAUGCAUAAAUUUUAAUAUUUUCAGUGCUACCAGUUUCUAGAUAAAUUAAUCACUAAGUGUUUUCUGCCAGGACAUUUAAUUGAGACACUAUCGAUAAAACUAGGAAUAGUGCCACAUGAAUUCAAUGGGAUCUUUUAAGUACUCUUCAGUUCUUUUCAAAACUGUGCCUAUUUAAAUCGAUUUAUAUUCAAUCUGUGCUCUAACUUUAAAAUUUAUUGAAAUAAUCUUUGAGACUGCUAAUUGUUUCAUCAGAAAGUCUGCAAUGAAUCAUUGU